UCCCCUCCCCUCGGCCGCGCUGCUGGAGCCGCCGGGCUCCCCCGCUCCUCUUCACAUGGGGCUCGCCCUGCCGGCGGGACAGCGCUCCUGCUCUCCCGCCGACCGCUGACAGGGAGCCGGCGCGGGAGAAGAGCGCUCGUCGCUGCUGCCACCGGCGGGCAGGGCCCAGGUUAGGAUCUCUGUGAGGCUGCGCUGUGUCCUGACGCGUUAGGACCCAUCUUUGGUAGCUCAGUAGAGCACAGCUCCUGGGAAGCAUGGACACGCCAGCAGAGGAGUGGCACGGCACUGGCACCAGCGGUACAUUUGGCACUGAGCAAGGAAUGAAGAAAAUGAGCAACAUCUAUGAAUCAGCAGCCAAUACCCUGGGAAUUUUUAACAGCCCAUGCCUGACUAAAGUGGAGCUGCGAGUUGCAUGCAAAGGCAUAUCAGACAGGGAUGCCCUCUCAAAACCAGAUCCUUGUGUCAUCCUCAAAAUGCAGUCACAUGGCCAGUGGUUUGAGGUUGACAGGACGGAAGUGAUUCGAACCUGUAUAAAUCCCGUCUUCUCCAAGCUCUUCACGGUGGAUUUCUAUUUUGAAGAGGUGCAGCGAUUGCGGUUUGAGGUCCAUGAUAUUAGCAGCAACCACAAUGGGCUGAAGGAAGCAGAUUUCCUCGGUGGCAUGGAGUGUACUCUUGGACAAAUUGUUUCUCAGAGGAAGCUCUCCAAGUCCUUGCUCAAACAUGGCAACACAGCAGGAAAGUCAUCUAUAACAGUGAUCGCUGAGGAACUGUCUGGCAAUGAUGACUACGUUGAACUUUCAUUCAGUGCACGGAAAUUGGAUGACAAGGAUUUUUUCAGCAAAUCUGAUCCUUUUUUGGAGAUUUUUCGGGUGAAUGAUGACGCAACCCAACAACUUGUUCACAGGACUGAGGUUGUGAUGAAUAACUUAAAUCCAGCAUGGAAGACUUUCAAAGUGUCUGUAAAUUCUCUGUGCAGUGGAGACCAGGAUCGCAGGCUAAAGUGCAUAGUUUGGGACUGGGAUUCCAAUGGAAAGCAUGACUUCAUUGGAGAAUUUAGCUCAACUUUCAAGGAAAUGCGAGGAGCUAUGGAGGGAAGACAGGUGCAAUGGGAAUGCAUUAACCCCAAGUACAAAGCAAAGAAGAAGAGCUACAAGAACUCAGGCAUUGUCAUCCUUAACCAGUGCAAGAUACACAAGAUGCAUUCUUUCUUAGAUUAUAUCAUGGGAGGCUGCCAAAUACAGUUUACAGUAGCUAUAGAUUUCACUGCAUCGAACGGCGAUCCGAGGAACAGCUGCUCGCUGCACUACAUCCACCCCUACCAGCCCAAUGAGUACCUGAAAGCUUUGGUAGCUGUUGGGGAGAUUUGCCAAGACUAUGACAGUGACAAAAUGUUCCCAGCCUUUGGAUUUGGAGCAAGAAUACCCCCAGAAUACAAAGUCUCUCAUGACUUUGCAAUCAAUUUCAAUGAAGACAACCCAGAAUGUGCAGGAAUACAAGGUGUUGUGGAAGCUUAUCAGAGCUGCCUUCCCAAGCUGCAGCUGUAUGGACCGACAAACAUUGCUCCCAUCAUCCAGAAAGUGGCAAAAUCUGCAUCAGAGGAGACCAACACCAAGGAGGCCUCGCAAUAUUUCAUCUUGCUGAUCCUGACGGAUGGCGUCAUCACAGACAUGGCUGACACCAGAGAGGCCAUCGUCCACGCCUCUCACCUCCCCAUGUCAGUCAUCAUCGUUGGGGUGGGCAACGCUGAUUUUAGUGACAUGCAGAUGCUGGAUGGUGAUGAUGGCAUCCUGAGGUCUCCCAAGGGCGAGCCUGUGCUUCGAGACAUUGUCCAGUUUGUGCCAUUUAGGAACUUCAAACAUGCAUCCCCAGCUGCUCUAGCAAAAAGUGUUUUGGCUGAAGUUCCAAACCAAGUUGUGGACUAUUACAAUGGCAAAGGGAUAAAACCAAAAUGUAUGUCAGAAUACGAGUCUUCCAGGACACUAGCUCCAUGAACCUGCCUGCACUCUUUUACAAAAUUAAAAAAGAAAAAUGCUACUGUCUACAACUACUGUAUUUAAAAAAAUGAAACAAAAAAAUAGCACGUUUUGGUGAUUUUUAACUAAAAUAACUUUUUUUUUUCUUUUUGCAUGUGUAGCCUAAAGGCUUAAAUCUGUUAAGCGGUUGUAUUGUUGAAAACUUUUUAUGAGAAAAAAAAUCCAGAAAAAAAAAAAGUGAACUCUUUACAUUACAGCAUGUUGCCUUGAAAUAAAAAGUUAUCUGUAUCUGGUUUUUAUACAGGUUUGUUGAAAUUUUGCUAAAUUUCUUAUAUUUACACUGUAAAGCAUUUUGAAAUAUUUAUUGAGAGUCGAUAGCCAAAAUGUCUUUGGUUUAAUCUGCUAUGAACUGAGAGAUUUUUCAAAAUGGCAGAUGCAUGAACUGUAUUUUGCAUGUUUAAAAUAAAAACAACACAGUUUUGCAGUUGUCUUUA